CUUUUUUCCCAAGAACAAAUCUCAGCCACACGAUCAAAAUCUCGAUGGCUAUAUAACCCAAAAGCCUCACCAAACUCUCUCACUCACUAGCUAACUAUUUUCACAUUCGAGCUUGCUUUCUCUCUCUCGUCAUCUCCAAUCUCUGAAAUGGCUGACAAGAAGAUUAAGAUCGGAAUCAACGGUUUCGGAAGAAUCGGGCGUUUGGUGGCGAGAGUGAUCCUUCAGAGGAACGAUGUUGAGCUCGUCGCUGUUAAUGAUCCCUUCAUCACCACCGAGUACAUGACGUACAUGUUUAAGUACGACAGUGUUCACGGGCAGUGGAAGCACAAUGAACUCAAGUUGAAGGAUGAGAAGACCCUUCUCUUUGGUGAGAAGCCAGUCACUGUUUUUGGCAUCAGGAACCCUGAGGAUAUCCCAUGGGGUGAGGCUGGAGCUGACUUUGUUGUUGAGUCUACUGGUGUCUUCACUGACAAGGACAAAGCUGCUGCUCACUUGAAGGGUGGGGCCAAGAAGGUUGUUAUCUCUGCCCCAAGCAAAGACGCUCCCAUGUUUGUUGUUGGUGUCAACGAGCACGAGUACAAGUCCGACCUUGACAUUGUCUCCAACGCUAGCUGCACCACUAACUGCCUUGCUCCCCUUGCCAAGGUUAUCAACGACAGGUUUGGAAUUGUUGAGGGUCUUAUGACCACCGUCCACUCUAUCACUGCUACUCAGAAGACAGUUGAUGGUCCAUCAAUGAAGGACUGGAGAGGUGGAAGAGCCGCUUCCUUCAACAUCAUCCCCAGCAGCACCGGAGCUGCCAAGGCUGUCGGAAAAGUGCUUCCACAGCUCAACGGAAAGUUGACCGGAAUGUCCUUCCGUGUUCCCACCGUUGAUGUCUCAGUUGUUGACCUCACGGUUAGACUCGAGAAAGCCGCAACCUACGACGAUAUCAAGAAGGCUAUCAAGGAGGAAUCUGAGGGAAAGCUAAAGGGAAUCCUUGGUUACACAGAGGAUGAUGUUGUCUCAACUGACUUCGUUGGUGAUAGCAGGUCGAGCAUUUUUGACGCAAAGGCUGGAAUCGCAUUGAGUGACAACUUCGUGAAACUUGUGUCGUGGUACGACAACGAAUGGGGUUACAGUACCCGUGUGGUCGACUUGAUCAUCCACAUGUCCAAAGCCUAAACACUAGAGUGAUGUUUGAGGAAGCAAAAGCCACAACCAAGUUAUGUAUUUCCUGAUCUGGAACAUCUUUUAUGCUAUGCAAUAUGUUUCUCCGAUUACAUGAUCAUAUAAAUUUGUUUUUGUCUUGUGUGAAACAAGAGCAGAUAAAUCUUUAAAUAUGAACAUGUUUUUUUUUUAGAAUUGAAUAUGAACAUGUUACCAACGCCUUAUUCCUUUUUUUAGUUCUUACAGCACGUGAUGGUGGACCGAAAUAUUUACAUUAUUUGCAGUGUGGAAUAAUCAACAGAUUUUAGUGAUACAGCAAUUGGUUUUGCACAUAAAGAAAGCAUUCAUGAUGUAUUUGUGUUUAUUUUUAAGAAGACGUCUUAAAGUGGACUUUAAUCAAAUAUGCCAAGAGAAAAUAGAAAGUGAUCUUCCAAGAGAUUUAAGGGUGUAAGGUUCAGUUUUGUGAAGUGAUUUAUGAAAUUAAUUCCAAGGAUCGUGCGGAAGCUUAACAAGAAGAGGAACCACGGCCUUCUCUCAACGCCCAUAUCCAAGAUAUUCAACUCAUGCUCUAGAAGAUAGGAGAUCACAAGGUAGCCUUCAAGCUAGAGAGGGGAAUAGAGUGACAGACAAAAUUGCAAAAGAAUAUCUCUUUUGAGAAUAAUGCCCCUAUAUUGUAUUUUGUUGCCAAGUUGGUUAAAUGUCUUAGUGGAGAUGAUAGUGUGUAAAACUAUUCGGUUAAUAAAAAAGUAGGAAAGUUGAGCCAAAUAAAAGAAAGGGAUUAGUGUUAGUUUUGAUGAUAGUUAUGCCAAGUUGAAACAAUACUUUUGUUUUGGUGUAUUCUUCGCAUCUUUUUUUUUUCAAGUAAGCAAGUCAUGCAUAUGACAAACUACCAUCAGUUUAACAGUUUAGUAAGAAAAUAAUCUUGCAAAUUAAAUAAUUUAAUUUAUCUACCUAUAUCACAGUUACAGUAUUGUGAUGUUACAUCAUUUUAAAAGUGGUGAUAUGUGAAACAAAUGAAACCCAUAGAAAAUAAAUAUUUGUUACAGCAUAUUGUAAAUCAAUGCAUUUCAAAAUUUAAAUUAACUUUAAAAGUGACUUAAAUUACUGAUUGUAGAGAAGGCUUACAUACAAGAAAAGAGCAAAAAUACAAAAGUUAGUUUUUCAUGCUCAAAAAUAAAAAUUAGUUUUCUAUAAGCUGAUCAAGUCAUCUAAAAAUAUAUUAAUUUCAUCAUAAUUAAAUAUGAACAACAUAAAUAUUUCACACCAAAAGCUAUACUUUUAUAGCAAAAGGCAAAAACAUGUCAUGAAAUUAUCAUCCAAACUUCUUCCCUUCCCCUAAGACUUUUUCAUAAGCUAAGAAAACGAAAAAACGUUGACAACAUGAAUGAAAAGUUUAUGCACGACAAAAAACAGAACUUUUUUGCUUGGAUGGGAAAAUAUGAUUUCAUGUAUAUGACGUAAAAUUAAUAUUGUGGUUUUAGUGAGAAAAUCUAAUUUUGCAGUUUUAUCGGAACAAUCCGAUUUUGCGGAUUUAACUGAAUAAUCAGAUUUUGCGGUUUUAGCAGAAAAAUCCAAGAUAUUGUGGGUUUUGCAGGAAAACGCAAUUUUCAUUUUUAGCGAAAAAAUUCAAUUUUACGAUUUUAGCGAAAAUCAGUUUUGCGGUUUUGGCGAAAAAAUUCAGUUUCAAAGUUUUCACAGAAAAUUAUAUUUCCAGUUUUGGCUGUAAAUUUGCUUUUUGUGGUGGAAAAAAAUGAUUUCAUAGUUUUGAUGGGAAAAAAAAUGAUUUUCUCGGUUUUGGUAAAAAUAUUCGAUUUUGCGGUUUUGACGGAAAAAUUAAAUUUUCUGUUUUAGUGGGCAGGAAAUUUUGUGUUUACGGUUUUGGCAGGAAGAUUCAAUUUCACGGCUUUUGCGGAAGUUUUAAUUUUGUGAUUUUGGUGGGAAAUUUUGCUCUUGCGGUUUUGACGAGAAAAAGUCAAUUUUGUGAUUUUGGCGGUAAAUUUCAAUUUUGUGGUUUUGGCGGUAAAUUUAAAUUUUUUUCGAUUUUAUUGAGAAAACGCAAUUUGCAGUUUUAGAGGGUAAAUCUGAUUUGUUGUUUUAGAGGGAAAUCCGAUUUGCGGUUUAGAGGGAAAUUUCAAUUUUACGGGUUUGCCAAAAAAAAUGACUUUGAGGUUUAAAAAAAACAAACUAAAACCUCAUUUUCCAUUAUCAUUUAUCAAUCUUUAAAUAUUUUUAUAAUAUUUUUUCAAAUAAUUUUUCUUCCAAAUAGUCUUACAUUAAAAAUAAAUAUUAAAAGCAGAAGAUCAUAUAUCAUUUUAAAUUGGUCAAAACAAGUUAAAUGAGUCACUGUAAAAUUUGAGGGUCUAAAUGAAAACUUCUAAUAGAUCUAUUUUAGAAUUAAUCUAACGGUAUAGUUUUUGAUUGUGGUGAAUCUUAAAUAGGGUGAGUUUUCUCAUUUUAACAUUCCUAUACUCCGAUGUAAAGAACAUUACCAUUUCAUUAUUUUGGUUUGACAUUAGAAGUUCGGUGGUUCAUAUAAAUCUAACACCAUCUUAUGUUAUUAAAGGUUUCGGAUAUUAGUAAAUUAAUAAAAUGUAGCAAUCAAUAAUGUGAGUUUAUUAUAGUAUAUAUAUAUAUUCAGAUACCAAUUAUAAAGUAAAUUAAAUUUAAUUAAAAUAUAUAGAAAAUAACUCGGGCGUAGCCCGGAAAAAUCUCUAGUAUAUAUAAUAUUAUACUCAGGAUACUAACAUAUAGUUUGCGUGAACAAUAAUGAAACAUUAAUACGUUACAAAACUAGAGAUCAGAAAAAGAGAGAGAGAGAGAGAUCAAACAUAUGAUCUCAAGUUGUAGCAUAUUUAUCGGCUAAUAAACUGUUCUUUGAGGUGGUUGAUAAAAAGGUUGUUACUUGGACUUAGUCUCUGCUGGGCGGGGGGUUUUAAAUCUGAUCCGUCUUAGGUUAUUAAAGAUCAACACAAAUACAAGCAUAAAACAUUUAAGUAUCCAGACAAGAAAAGAAGGGUCGCAUGUUGUCAAAAAAAAAAAAAAAAGAAGG